UAAGUUUUUAGUUUCAGUCUUAAAAGGGGGGAUCAGUAGCUCAGUACCAGAGUAUGUCUUUUGGCUCCUCCCAACGCCAACAUUGGUGAUAAGAGGCCCAAGUAGGUAUUUGAGAACUUACAGGUUGCUUGGCUGCCACCCCUGGGAUUCCAGUGAGGAAGUGACCUUUGCCUGCAGCGUUGAGGACGCUGCUCCCUUCUGCCCCUCAAGGGACAUCUGUGUCCAUCGUAGUGGACCUGACAGAUUUUGUUCCUGUUAAGUGAUUUCGGCGGUUUGCUCUAAAGUUCACAGCCAUGAACGAACAACAGUGCUUCUACAACGAGUCUAUCGCCUUCUUCUAUAACCGGAGUGGGAAGUAUCUAGCCACAGAAUGGAACACUGUGAGCAAGCUGGUGAUGGGACUGGGCAUCACUGUCUGUGUGUUCAUCAUGCUGGCCAAUCUACUGGUCAUGGUGGCAAUUUACGUCAACCGCCGCUUCCAUUUCCCUAUUUAUUACUUGAUGGCCAACCUGGCUGCUGCAGACUUCUUCGCUGGACUGGCCUACUUCUACCUGAUGUUCAACACGGGACCUAAUACCCGGAGACUGACUGUUAGCACGUGGCUCCUCCGGCAGGGCCUCAUCGACACCAGCCUGACGGCUUCUGUGGCCAACCUGCUGGCCAUUGCCAUCGAGAGGCACAUCACGGUUUUCCGAAUGCAGCUCCAUACACGAAUGAGCAACCGACGUGUGGUGGUGGUGAUUGUAGUCAUCUGGACUAUGGCCAUUGUGAUGGGUGCCAUACCCAGUGUGGGCUGGAACUGCAUCUGUGAUAUCGAUCAUUGUUCCAACAUGGCGCCCCUCUACAGUGACUCCUACUUAGUCUUCUGGGCCAUUUUCAACCUGGUGACCUUUGUGGUCAUGGUGGUUCUCUAUGCUCACAUCUUUGGCUAUGUUCGCCAGAGGACUAUGAGAAUGUCCCGGCAUAGUUCUGGACCCAGGAGGAAUCGGGACACCAUGAUGAGCCUUCUGAAGACUGUGGUCAUUGUGCUUGGUGCCUUUAUUGUCUGCUGGACUCCGGGAUUGGUCUUGCUAUUGCUCGAUGUGUGUUGCCCGCAGUGUGAUGUCCUGGCCUAUGAGAAGUUCUUCCUCCUCCUGGCCGAGUUCAACUCGGCUAUGAACCCCAUCAUCUACUCCUACCGCGACAAAGAGAUGAGCGCCACCUUCAGGCAGAUCCUGUGUUGCCAGCGCAAGGAGAACCCCAACGGCCCCACGGAAGGCUCUGACCGCUCGGCCUCCUCCCUCAACCACACCAUUCUGGCUGGAGUUCACAGCAAUGACCACUCUGUGGUUUAGAAGGAAGCCAGCCGGCCUUUGUGGAUCUGUGAACCCCACCCUACCCCCAUUGCCAGGGCAAGGUGGGGCGCCAGAGGAGACGAAGACACUCCUGUACUUAACACUAACCAAUGGCAGUAUUUGUCCCUAGACCCAAGAGACUUAAGGAUGAACUUGCUUGGUAGCCCCCAUCUUCUCCUUUGGAAAAGAGAAGGGGACCGUCUUGCAGUGGAAUUCAGAAACGGACUCUGGGGAGACUGUGUAUGUAGCCUUCACUAACUAGACUUAAAAGAUUUUAUGUGGUUUGGCCUAAGCCAGAAAAAAAAACAAAUCUUCCAAAUCGAGUACACAAUUCACACAGGCUUCCCCUUUAAAGAACAAACAACACAUUGCAUUUAUUAAUAAGUAUGUAUAUGUCUGACAGCAUGUUUGUGAUCGAGAAGACUGCUAAACUGACAUAGAUGAAUUUUUAUCCACGAUGGAGGAAAACUAUAAAUUAGAAUGAUUUUCAUGUUUUGUUUAGAAAGCAAGCAUGUGAUGUGUGUAUACAGUAUGCCUUUCUUUAAAGAUAAAAGGAUACUAUUUUAAAUCUUCUAGGGAAUAGAAGAGUCUAGUAAAAAAAAAAAUCAGUAUUCAUUUAGGCUAUGGAAGAAACGAUAUCCUAACCAAUUACCUUUUAAGUAAUGAGACAUACAUGAAAGGCAAAGGAAUGUGAGCUUGUCACCCAAAGAGUGUGUACUCUGCAAACAUUGGAGAUGAAGUGCUGUAGCUUUGUCCCUGCACAGUGAGGAUAUCCAAGUUCGUUCUCGGUGCCAGAGCAUCGGUGGGAUUUGUUUUAAAGCCUGUGGUUUUCCAAGUUAUAAAAUAAUACUUACUAUAGAAAACUUGAAAAUUGCAGAACUGUGUGAAAAAAGAAAAAAAAAAAAAGAUUACCGAUAUUACAACCAGGAAGUCACCCUCUUUACCGGCUCACGAGUGUAUGCCUAUAGAUAUAUAUAUUAUAUACCUUUUUUUUACAUAAUUGGGUUGAUAUUGUAAAAUGUUUUGUAACUUUUUCUUUCAGAAUUGCCAGGUUUUUCUAUGGCAUUUUUUUUUAAAAACAGUGUUAGCGGCUAUAUAAUAUUCCAUUUAAUGGAUGCAGCCCCCAUUUAUUUAACCAUUCCUGUAUUGUUGGCUAGGUUUUUAAUUUUUUUCAUUAUUAUAAUAUUGGAAGAAUCUUGUGUACAUAAAGCGUUGCCAGUACCAUUGAUAAUUUACUUAGGAGCUAUUCCCAUGAAGGACCUACUUUUUAAAAUGUGAAAUGUCCUCAAGUGUUUUCACUUUACAAAAAGGGAUAUUCUACUUUCAAACUGCAGGGGUGGCCGCGCUGACAAAAGCCCGGGAAACUACCUUUUUACAAAAGAAACACAGUGGCUACUUUAGUUGAGAAUGAGUUCUUGACAAGAUGUUUCCCAAUAACCAAGAUGCCCUAAUGUAACUAGCAAAUUUAUUUUAGCGUUUUUUGAGGAAAUGGUGAUCCCUUUCUUGAAUGUUGGGUAGAAGUAAACAAAGACAUCAAACAUCGAAAUGAAUCCAGCAUUGCUGUUCCAAGUAGCCUUGGUGGGGCAGGUUAGCAGCUGGCUCCUGUGUGAUCUCCAGUAAUCAACCAAUUAGUGCCCUAUGUUCAGAGAUGCCCAGUACAGUGUCCGGGCGACUCAUGUGCCUAUUGUCGUGCUAUGAGGAGCAAGGAGGAAGAAGAAUAGUCCUGAAGCAGGUGUGGGGAGGUCAGGAGGAUAUCUGUGAGAAGGAAGUCCUGCAGAGAGUGGCAUUCUGGGGAGGAGGAAGGCAGGGUGUGGCUUGUGUCUGGGUAGAGGGUAGGCAUGUGACGUGUGCCUGGUGGGAAAAAUAAGUAGGUGGAGAGCCAGUUAGCAGGAAAAAGAUUUUGCUCCACGUUUACCAAAAUGCAAAGAAAUUUAUAUUGGAAAUGUGUGAAAUGAACUUGGACUUUUAUUGAUGCCCUUUUUAUGGGGGAUGUAAGGACUUUGGAUUGAAAAGCAUACUAAUUGAACCUUAAUAAAUCAUUCUCAAUCAGC